AGAUCUAUAAUGUGAUGGUAUUUUAAGGAUUUACCUGGCACUGAAGUGAGGCAAUGAUUGUUAAGUCUUACCUUUGUCAAGUUUCCAGUGUCAAGACAAAAACGUUUCCGGAAAGUUAUACUAUAAGAUAAUAAUAAUGAUAAUAAAACACACACACACACACACACUUUGAAUAUUUACACACCUGUGAGUUUGCAUAGGCCUAAUUAAAACUGCACUUACCGUGUACAUAUUUUACAACAGGCCUAUUUUUUAUGUUUAGGCGUUGAAUUAUCAUGACCCCUGGCCAUGACCAGCCGCGCUCUGCAUCAACCCUGAUAAAAGUCUGAUAAGUCUGGCCUUGCCACGUUCGCUGCUGAUAGAUCAAAACAAACGACCGUCCUCUGUGGUAAUUCAGAUCCAUUACAGUGAAAUAACGACGAGAAUAAAAAACCGCUUUUGAAUAGGUCUACUAAACAUUAAAGUAGACUAAGCAAUUUAUAUAUUUUGCAGUUAACCUACGAUCAAUACAACAUUAAUAAUUGGCGUCAUACGCGUGCAACUGUAGCAAAUUCGGCCUAAGUCUCCUCAAAAAUAAGGCCUUUUACUUUGAAAUUAACGCACCGGAUGUAGCACAGUCUCUUUCAGCUUGCUCCAACUCACAAGUUAAACAAAUCAAGUUCAAGUAUGAAGCCAACAGCGAACUCAGUUUUGACUCAUUCUUGAUCGCUCAAGAGACUUUGAUGGGACCUUUAACAAAUGCGGGACACUCGCGUGACUUCCUUAAAGCUGCUGAGGAUGCUUUGUUUGACCUAUUAGUUUGUAGUGCACUGGAAGCCUACAGGUUUGUUUACUAAUCUGUUAGGUGAUCAUUAAUCCGAGUUUGGUAAUCCCGUUUAACACUUGUGGAUGUAAAAUAGCAGCAGAUUACCUCUGGAAGAAGUGGAUUGCAACUGAUGUCAGCCCAACACUGGAAGUUGCGCUUUACAACUCGGCUCAACAGACCUCUCUUUACUUUGUGGCAAAAUGAAAAGACUGGCAUGAAAACCCCCAUACCCGUAGAGAACACGACACGAUGGCAGUCUGCGGAAGAAGAAAUAGAUGCAAGAUAACCCUCUUCCUCUUUGGUGCCUCUUUACUGGGGUAUUUUAUAUUUUCCAGGCACAACUCCGUGGACGUCAGCGCGCGAGAAGUUCCGAGGGAAGAAAGCAUAAAAGGAGAAGUGAGUAAUGAUGAUCUUAAAAAACCCGUGUAUGAAAAACCUCCUUUGGACUUAAACGCGCUGGGUGAACUGGGCAAACCGGUCAAGCUGAAACUGAACAAGGAGGAGAGGAGGAAAGAAGAGGAGAGCAUUAACAAGCAUCAAAUUAACGUUUAUCUGAGUGAUAAAAUUUCACUACAUCGCAGACUGGCUGAAAAAUGGAAUCCUCUCUGCAAAAACUUAAAGUAUGACUAUAGGACUCUGCCCACGACAUCUGUGGUAAUAGCGUUUUACAACGAGGCCUGGUCUACUUUGUUGCGGACAGUGCACAGCGUCCUGGAGACCUCCCCGGACAUCCUGCUCAAAGAAGUGGUGCUUGUGGACGACUAUAGUGAAAAAGAACAUUUAAAGGAACCCCUGGAGAAAUAUAUCAGCAAUUUAAGAAAAGUGCGUCUAAUCCGAGCGACAAAAAGAGAGGGUUUGGUGCGGGCCAGGCUGCUUGGGGCCUCCAUCACAACAGGGGAUGUCCUAACCUUCCUGGACUGUCACUGUGAGUGCCAUGAGGGGUGGCUAGAGCCACUGCUUCAAAGGAUCAAAGAGGAGCCCAGUGCUGUAGUCUGCCCUGUUAUCGAUGUAAUAGACUGGAACACAUUUCAGUAUUUGGGGAACUCUGGGGACCCUCAGAUCGGGGGUUUUGACUGGAGGCUAGUGUUUACCUGGCAUGCAGUUCCCGAGUAUGAACAGAAACGCAGGCAGUCACCCACUGAUGUCAUAAGGUCUCCUACCAUGGCUGGUGGUCUGUUUGCUGUUAAGAAGGACUACUUCCAGUACCUGGGGACAUAUGACACAGGCAUGGAGGUGUGGGGUGGAGAAAACCUGGAGUUUUCCUUCAGGAUUUGGCAAUGUGGAGGCAGCCUUGAGGUCCAUCCAUGUUCCCACGUGGGCCAUGUGUUUCCCAAAAAGGCCCCUUACUCUCGGAGUAAGGCCCUGGCUAACAGUGUAAGAGCCGCUGAGGUGUGGAUGGAUGAGUUUAAGGAAGUGUACUACCAUCGAAACCCACACGCUCGCCUGGAGGCCUUUGGAGAUGUGACAGAGCGAAGGAAGCUGAAGGAGCGUUUGGGCUGUAAGAACUUCAGGUGGUACUUGGAAAAUGUUUACCCUGAUAUUCACGUCCCAGAGGACCGACCAGGCAUGUUUGGAAUGUUGAAAAAUCGAGGGAAGAAAAACUACUGUUUUGACUACAACCCUGCAGAUGAACACUCCAUUGUGGGCGGAAGGGUCAUCUUGUAUCCCUGUCAUGGCAUGGGUCAAAACCAGUUCUUUGAGUUCUCCAUGGAUGGCGAGAUCCGCUAUAACACAAGAGAACCUGCAGGAUGCAUGGCCGGGGAUAGCAUCAGCACCUACCUGACUGUCCAGCUGUGUCGAAAAAGAGGCCAGUCUAUGCCAGCUGACCAGAAAUUUAUCCUCAAGGAGGAUGGGACUCUAUACCAUGUGAUGAGCCAGAAGUGUGUGCACGCCUUAGACAAAACUGACAAUGGGACACCUGCACCUUCACUACAGGCUUGUUCUGGCACUCCAUACCAACAGUGGUAUUUUGAAGAACGAAUGUAAUUUUAUCUUAAGUAAAAAAGACAAUGGAUUACACUGUUACCUUUUGGAGUUUAAAAACAGUGAGACACUGUAAUGUUUUGCUUAGAUUUGCUGAAAAGAACGAAGGAUUUUCAAUAUAAUUUUUAUGUCGUUGAAAGUAUUGAAAAAUAUCAUUCAUUCCUUUUGAGGAGUUAUAUGCUGGACUUUUUACAUUGCUCUUUUGAUGGAAAUGUUUUUCUGAUGUCAUUCAAUGUGCCAUGAAGGCACUAAGAUUGUGGUGUCUUGCCACUAGAGGGCCACAUUGUGCCUGAGUAGGGAGCUGGAUGGCCCAUAUCUUUUGUGUCUUGUCAAAAGUAGGGCAAAUCUCAUUGCCUUUGUAAAGAGGCUUUACAGAAUAUGUUACUGUUUACUUGCCCUGACUUAAAAAGGAUUAGUAUUGUCUUUGCAACGUCACGUUGCAACAAAUUUCUUCUUUUUAGCAUCUUCCCAUUCCUUUAGGAUUUUAGAUUACCUUAGAUUUGGAAAGCAAACCUAUGCAGCACUGGUCAUAAUAAUAAUAAUAAUAAUAAUAAUAAUAAUAAUAAUAAUAAUUGAUCAUGUUUUUGUACAAUUGUAGAUUACAUGUAAAAUUUCAGAUUAAAUUUUGAUUCGAGAAAUUACCCAUAUUAUUUUCUGCAGGGUCCAGUAGCACAUUUCCUGUAAUGAUGAAAUAAUGUAAUGGUAAAACAAGCAAAUAUUAUCUCUGUAAUUCACUUGUCACUGGGAAUAAUAUUACGCCUGUGCAAUGUAUUAUCACGAGCAAGUUUCACACCUCUGCCUCAGAUCCACCCAAGCAUGGUCACAUCCCCCUGUGACAGUGCAGCUAGUGGGUUUUUCUGAUCCGAUUGCUGCCAUCCGUCACGAGGCUGGGGGCUCUUACUGUCCCAGCGGCUGUGUACAGGGACCGGGGGACACACCGCAGAGGAGCGCACAGUUGUGGGUGUCUCCGGAGUGCUCGAGUACCAGAUGGUGGCUUGAUUGAUUUUCUGGUCCUUAACCAAUUUGUUAUCAGCACCUCUCUCUCUUGCUGUGCUUCGGAGGACGCCUUAUCUAUUGGACUGUCCAAAUCUUACUUGCAUUACCAUUUGUGUAUGGGCUUGCUUGGAGUUUGAUUUAUGAAGAGGAAGUAAUCAUGUUUGCAGUUGUUACCAGCAGAGGCAGAUGGAAGAAGAUAUUGGGAGGGGAAUGCUAUACGCAACUCUUUUCUUACCAUUAACCUUCACAUGUGACUGGUUUAAAUCUUGGCAAAUGAUGUUAAUGAUUAUUGUUUGCAAGAUGAGUUUUUUAUUCACAAUGUACACUUAAAAUACAAUAACAUUUACAAAAAUUGAGAAGCAAAGAAUAGACACCAUUUUCAUCACAUCAAUUUCAUAAGCUCACAACAAAGACUGGCGACUGACUCAACAGUCAGAGGUCAUCAAAUCAUGAGAAAAUUAAAAUAUGCUUUGUACUUCAUGUUUGCAGGAUAUUUUUCCCUCUCUGUUACCAAACAUAUGCCACCAUUCACACAUCUCGAAGAAUAACAAUUUUUCUAAAUAUAGACACUUAAAAUAUGCAAUCACAUUUACAUGUCUCAAUGGAACAGUACUUUUAAUUCUUCUAUAAUCCAUAAUGUUGACCAGUCGCUCAUGCAAGGUGACUUACUGUUUACAUCACUGUAUGUGUAGCUAGUGCCAUAAAUAUCCUCUCAUUAAACUGUCAUUUGUUUUUCCCUUGCCACCAGCUGUUAUUUAAAACAUGUCCUAUGUAGUAAACUUUUAUAAUGGAAUUAUAUUGUAUGCAAAUUUGACAUGCCAUAUGUAGGUGCAAUAAUAAUCCACCAGCUGGGGAUUUCUUGAUGCCAUUAACGUCACCCAAAGCUCAGACAUAAACAGGGCUGGACUGCAGAUAUGGACCUGAGAAGGGGCCUGAUCGGCUUUCACUUAUUAUGUGUAGUAGUGAGGAUGUUCUUGUGAUUGGCACUAUUGUAAUGCUGGAGACUGUGCUACAAUACAUGUGGCCAUUAUUAUUAUUAUUAUUAAUUCUAUAGAGAUUUUAUGAAUAAUCAAUGAAUGAAUAAAUAAUCUAAUCAAGAUUCUGGUUCCUUAAUUCAUCUUUCCUAAAUUGUUAAUCUUUUUAAAUUCAGGAAUAGAAGAAACCGGAAAGAUAAGUUUUGACAGGAAAGGAAGACCGAGGCCAUGUUUCAUUAUCUUUCCUUGCUUUCUUCUUCUUGAUUCUCCAGGAAACAACUCUGGAUCAAUUCCACAUUUCGUUCUUUACCAGUCUUGUUAAACAGAGAUGUUAUAAUUUUUGGUGUACUACUACAAAAUAAAAAAGAAGAACUCUGUGUAAACUUAAUAUUAUGUCUUGCCAAAUUUUACAUCCACAAAUGUAAAAUUCAGAAAUGUCCCCCUAACUUUGCUUGUUUUAAAAACGAACUAAGAUUAUAUAUAAAAACUCUGAAACAUAUGAAUGGUCCUAAACCUCAAAAAGUGUAUUCCUACAUGUGUGAAAUACCCCUGGACUUUAUGAACUCUGGCUGAAUGAACUCUACUUCCCUUGCUAUUAUCAUUUUCUAUUCUUAAAUGCACUUUUUUUUGUAUUAUAUUGUAUUGUUUCUUUACAAUAUGUUAUGUUUAUGUUCCCUCAUCCCAACAUGUAACUGCUGACGACACACAGCCAUGUUUGUUAUAUCAAGUUUAUGCACCCAGUUGUGUGUAAUAAUAAUUAAAAAAAAUGGGGCAGUCUUUUCCUCAGGCGCUGGUUCUGACCAAAAUUACCUUAGUUAGAACUAUACUGAGGAUUAUUCUGUAUUAUUAUUUCAGACCAACGUCUUUAUUUUCGGAUAAAUGUAUUUACAUUUCAUUUUUAAAAGAAGUUGUUGGAGCCUUAUUACAUGUCUCUACCUCCCGUCACUGUGAGGCGCUAUUUGUAAUUAUGCAAGUAUGCGCACAGGUGUUGCAGUAUGAAGGUAUACAUUCUUUUGAUCUAUCGAGUACCGAAUCUCUGUAUUUUUGGAUGGCUAUGAGGUACGCCAAUAAAUGUUGAGGAACACAG